AUGAAGUCAUCAUCGUUUGUUCUGCUCUCUAUCGUCUUAUUACUAUCAUCAUCACUAACCCAUGCAGCCGCCGUCGACGUUGGAUCGCCGACACAGUCACCGUUGAUGUCUCCGACACCGACACCAGAACCAUCAAACUCCAUCGACUGUUCCAGUGUCAUAUACAGCAUGGUGGACUGUCUCUCCUUCUUAACCGUCGGAUCAACGGAUCCUGCUCCGACCACAACAUGUUGUGUUGGGAUCAAAACGGUUCUUGGAUAUAACCCUAAUUGUCUUUGCUCUGCGUUACAAAGUGGUCGUGAUAUGGGAUUUGUAUUGGAUGAUACAAAAGCUCUUGACAUGCCUAAGAUUUGUCACGUCCCUAUUGAUCCUCAUUGUGAUGUAUCUACUCCUGCUCCAUCAACACCAAUUUCUCCACCCAUAGAGCCACCUACGACUUCACCAUCAUCAACAAAGUCGCCGGCUAAAACCCCUCCAUCACCGCCCGUUAGCCACUCAGCACCGGUGGUCGCCGCUUCACCACCGGCACGGGGAGUCUCAUCAGCGGAUGUGACAGCUUCAUCGCCUUCAGCAACUUCACCAGCACCGUCACCAUCAUCUAGUAGCGGGAUUUUAUCAGUAUCAAAACUGUUCGUAGCUGUUGUGAUGGUUUCUUCAUUUGGUUAUAUCUUAGCUUAGGUUAUUAUUAUUAUUUUUACU